UUUUACUCGUGCCACACCGCGUCAAUGACACAGAGCUGCAGCAGAGGUCUUCAGCGAUGGAGGAAGCGCUGCGACGAGCAAGCGCGGCCUUCGGCGAGCCCCGUGACGCCGAGAUCAGGCCGUGCCCUCGCUGCAGCCUUUGAGCGCGGCGCACGCCUGAGCGCUGGAGAGAGACGCCGAGAGCGUGACGCCGCCGCCGCGCCAGCCCUUCUCGCACCGCGAGAUCAGGCCGUGCCGGCAGGGGCCCUCGCCGCGGCGUUCGAGCGCCGCACGUCCAAGCGCUGAGAGAGAGCUUGACGCCGCCGCCGCGACAAAUCUGUAUGAACCGCCGCCACCCGCAGGUAGCAAGCCAACGCGUCCACCAUGUCGAUCCUCGCCCCCAAGGAGGAGGACAUCCAGAAGAUGCUCGCGGCGCAGUGCCACAUCGGCACGCGCAACUCGGACCACAUGAUGGAGGAGUACAUUUGGCGGAGACGGCAGGACGGCGUCCACAUUAUUAACAUCGGCAAGACGUGGGAGAAGUUGAUGCUCGCCGCGCGCGUGCUCACGGCCAUCGAGAACCCGCAGGACGUGAUUGCCAUCUCCGCGCGGCCCUACGGCCAGCGCGCCGUCCUGAAGUUCGCGCAGUACACGGGCGCCGCGUCCAUUGCUGGUAGAUUCACGCCGGGUACCUUUACCAACCAGAUCACCAAGCAGUUCCGCGAGCCGCGCAUUUUGGUCAUCACGGACCCUAGGACCGACUCCCAGGCCGUCGCCGAGGCGUCCUACGUGAACUUACCGGUCAUCGCCUUCUGCGACUCGGACUCUCCCCUCCAGCACGUCGACGUCGCCAUCCCGUCGAACAACAAGGGCAAGCUCUCCAUCGGACUUUUGUACUGGUUGCUGGCCAGAGAGGUCUUGAGGAUGAGAGGUACCGUAUCUAGAUUAGCCCCCUGGGACGUGCCCGUGGACCUCUUCUUCUACCGCGACCCCGAGGAGCUCGAAAAAGCGGAAGAGGCCCAGGCCUUCGCGGCGGAGCAGGAGCAGGCCCAGACCUGGAACGCCUCCGCCGGCGAGGCGGCGCCGAAGGAGCAGCCCUACUCGGACCCGAACGCCAUGGCGGGCUUCGAGCAGGCGCCGGCCGCGACCGGCGGCUUCGCGGCGCCGGCCGCGCCGGAGCAGCAGUGGGACCCGAACGCCCAGGCGGCCGGUGCGGCGGCGCAGCAGUGGGGGGCCUAA